AUGCCAGCCCUUGAGGCUCGGGUUCUAGAGGCAGAGCGGCUCCUUGAUCGCGCUGCUGCCAUUAUGACGGGGUUAUUACCCGAUCUACGCGAAACAUGUAUGAUGCGCGAGCAACUGGAGUUCUCAUAUUUCGAGAAUAUGAAGGUUAAGAAGGAACUUUGGGAUGGCACAGCGCAGCUGGAGAGGGAGUCGCGCAGGUAUAGAAUCAGAUGGCUGAAAGUCGAGAGGAAGAAGGCGCGCGUUGCGAAGUGGGAGCAAGCAAAUCAAUCUAACAGAGAUAAUGAUUGCUCGGACUCGGAUUACUCAAAAUAUUCAACUAAAUCUGAUUCCGAGGGGACGUUAUGGUCCACAGAUGAAAGUAUAAACUCUUCAAGUCGCAAGAGAUCGCGAGAUGAAGAGUCGGCGAGGAGGAAGAGAGCGAAGAAAGAUACAACUUAA